GUUGUUAAAUGCAUUGAUAUGACUUGAUUACCUGAAUAUGUUCUUUCCAGGCUGAACUUAAGGCUAAGCGGGAGAUGGAGAAAUCAAUAUUUGAGGAAUCCAGGAAAGAAGCUGAGAGGAAAUAUGAUGAACUUAAUGAACAGAACAAGAUAUUGCAUGGUCAGAUUGAAGCUAUGCAUAUUCAGUUGGCUGAGAGAGAUCGUGGUUCUAUUCAAGAUUCACAUGGUGAUUCUGGUUUGCAGAAUGUAAUUAAUUACCUCCGGCUGACAAAAGAGACAGCAGAGACAGAUAUAUCUUUGUUGAAGCGGGAGAAGUUACGGUUGCAAUCACAACUUGAGAAUGCUCUUAAGGCAGAAGAAAAUGUCAAAGUCACACCUAAUGCUGAGCGUGUCAAUUCAAGAGCACUGUUAGUCUCCUUACAACACCAGAUUAGGGAAAUGAAUUUGCUCCGUGAAAGUAACAUGCAGCUUAGAGAGGACAACAAGUACAAUUUUGAGGAAUGACAGAAAUUACGUGAGGUGUCUCAUAAAAGUAGGAUUGAAUCUGAAGCCCUAGAGAGUCAGCUGAUGGAGAGGCAAUUUGAGCUCGAAGCUUCUAAAAGGGAAAUUGAAAAGCAUCAGACAGAGAGAGAGAGGUCUUAGAAAAUAGGGUCUCCGAGUUACUUGAGAGAUGUAGAAACAUUGAUGUGGAAGACUAUGAUCGUCUGAAAAAUGAUGUGCAACAGAAGGAGG